AGCGCUGAAAGGAAGCCAUUACAGCAGAGACCGCCCAAUUCACCAAUUUGUCAGUGAGCAAAUUGACUAGUUUAGCCGAACCAAGUUUCCGGCAAUAAAAGCAGCGGUUUGAAAAUUGAAUUGUUCAAUGUUUUUCGCGAUGUUUUUCUAAAUCCUCAUUUGGCGAUAACGUUACCUGUCCGGCAAAACACAACACGACCAACACGGUGUAGCUAUCUAGCUGGCUACACCGCUGACUGAUAGCAUUGCUGCAGGAGAGGUAGGAGAUGGAUCUCUUCGGUGAUCUGCCUGAACCAACCCAGGUUUCAGGGAAGGGGCCAACACAGCCACCUGAAGAGAGCAGGGGUGAGAAGAGGAAACACGACGAGGGGCUCGGGAAAGAGGUGACUGUGGAAAAGAAUGAAGAGGAAAAGAAAGUUUGUAAAGGUCAAGCCAGGCUAAAGGCGUAUGUAGCUGCACGCAGAGGCGAGAGGGAGGAGAUGCAGGAUGCUCACGUGCUCCUGCCGGAUAUGGGCAGCAUCAUAUCUUCUCUACCGUCCCAAGUUUCUCGUCUGGCCUACUUUGCGGUGUUCGAUGGUCAUGCAGGAGCAAGGGCCUCCCGAUUUGCAGCAGAGCAUCUGCAUCACACCCUGGUCACCAAGUUCCCCAAAGGUGACGUUGAGAACUUGGACAAGCUAAUAAAAAAGUGUCUGCUGGAUACUUUCCGUCAGACAGAUGAGGACUUCCUGAAGAAAGCCUCAAGCCAGAAACCAGCGUGGAAGGACGGCUCGACAGCCACAUGUGUGCUGGUAGUGGACAAUGUGCUAUAUGUGGCCAACCUCGGGGACAGCAGGGCUGUUCUAUGUCGGUCAGAGCAGGGGGAGGACGGUGGGGAGAAGUGCGUCACCCUGGCCCUCAGCAAAGAACACAAUCCCACUAUUUACGAGGAGCGGAUGAGGAUACAGAGGUCAGGGGGAACAGUCAGAGAUGGCCGCGUGUUGGGGGUCCUGGAGGUGUCGCGCUCCAUAGGGGAUGGCCAGUACAAACGCUGCGGAGUGAUCUCCACACCGGACCUCAGACGCUGCCAACUUAGCGCAAGUGAUCGGUUUGUAAUUUUGGCCUGUGAUGGCCUCUUUAAGGUCUUCUCGCCAGAGGAAGCUGUUAAAUAUGUACUCAACAUCCUGGAGGACACAUCGGUUGCCGUGGAGAAGAAGGAGGGGCAGACAGAGUGGGAGGCCCAUCAUGACGCCGCUUGCCAGCGAUUGGCCAGUGAGGCUGUGCGGCGGGGCUGUGCAGAUAACGUCACCGUGAUCCUGGUGUCCAUUGAAUUCUGACAGGCACUCGUCCACCUUUCUGUCUCUCUCAAUCACGCCAGAAAGCACUGAGGUCAAUGAAAGAGCUGUGCUCUGCCAAAUAUGCCACACUGUUUAAAGACAUUUAGGGGGUUGUAUUCUCCAGACAAUUCGCUUAUGAAGGUGUUGUAAUCUGGAAAGGAAAGGAAUGUCAAUGUUUCAUUUGCGCAAAAGGGCACAUCGCCACCCCCCUGAAUAAUUCAAUAAAACUUCUACUUUUUUAUAA